AAUCUUUCGGUCGUUUUAUUCAUCGUCGCCGACCCUACAUCCAUCGAAUAGGUGAGUUUUUCUAGCGGUCGAGUGAGAAAGGUAUGAGUGUUCAAUUUUCGGAGUCAAAUCAACUAAAAAUAAUAAAUUGAAUGAACACUAACCAACAAAUAAUAAAAACAACAUAAUCAUAAAUAAAUAAAUAAGAACAGUUGAGUCAUAAUGGGAAACAAAUGACAGAUCCAAAUCCACUACUCUCACAUACCGAGUCAGCGGCGGCGGCGGCGUCACCAUCGCCACCGCAGCGCCGCUCCCUGGACGAAACGAUCGAACACUGCAUCGGAAACUUCGGGCUGACUCAGUUCCUCCAAUCCACCAUUGCAUCAUUCGCGUGGUUCUUCGACGCACAGCAAACCUUCAUCGCCGUCUUCACCGACGCAGAGCCCAAAUGGAGCUGCAACAUGAAUUCAUCAACCUGCACCACCGCCGCCGCCGAUAUGUGCCGUCUUCCAAAGGGAUCAUGGUCAUGGGAUUCUCCGGCGCAAACCUCCAUCAUUUCCGAGUGGUCCCUCGAGUGCGCCGGCUCGAUCACCACCGGCCUGGGAGCGUCUUCCUUCUUCCUCGGCUGCCUCGCCGGCGGCUUCCUGCUAUCGACGCUAGCCGACUCGUCACUCGGCCGGAAAAAUCUCCUGGUCUUAUCUUGCCUUCUAAUGUCACUAACCGGAUUGUUAACCGCAGUUUCGACCAAUAUAUGGAUGUACGCCGGAUUCAGAUUCCUAAGCGGAUUCGCACGUGCGCCGAUUGGAACGUGCGCUCUGGUCCUCGGAACAGAGCUCGUCGGGAAAAAAUGGAGGGGCAAUGUCGGAAUAAUUGGAUUUAUCUGGUUUACUUUCGGAUUUUUAUCUCUUUCGAUUAUAGCAUUUUUCGUGCAAAAUUCUUCGUGGCGAUUGAUUUAUUUAUGGACUUGUGUUCCUUGUGUUCUCUAUUCCUUGUUGGUUUAUUUCGCCGUCGAAGAAUCGCCGAGGUGGCUUUUCUUCAAAGGGAGGAGGCAGGAAUUUGAGAAAUCUCUCAAAACCCUAGCUUCGCCGGAGAAUCAGAGCAGCCUGACGGAGAGUUUCUUCUGCAACUCCGUCGAUUGGGGUGUGGAGGAGAAGCCACGGGAAUACAAUUUGUUUUCUGCUCUAGGGAUUUUGCUGAAGAGACCGUGGGCUUUCCGGCGGCUGAUUUUGACCGCCGCGGUGGCGUUCGGGCUGGGCUUGAUGUACACCGGCAUGCCGUUGAGCCUGGGCAAUUUGUCGGUGAAUCUGCACCUGAGCGUCGCGGUGAACGCGCUGUCGGAAUUGCCGGCGUCUGUGGCCGCGAUUCUACUCGUCGGGAAAUUGAACAGGAGGGGAUCGAUUUUAGGGCUGGCUGUACUGAGUGGGGUUUGCUCCGCCGCGUGCGCGGCGGCGGUGACGUGGAAGGGUUUGCAGGUAUCGCUGGAGCUGGUGUCCUUUUUCUGCACGUGCGCCGCGUUCGAUGUGUUCAUGAUCUACGCGCUGGAGCUUUUCCCCACGUGCGUGAGGAAUUCGGCGGUGGCCAUGGUGCGGCAGGCGGUAGCGGUCGGCGGAGUUGUGAGUCCGGUGCUGGUGGCCGCCGGAAGAAAGAAUGGGUGGGUUUUCUACGGCGUUUGCGGCGGAAUUGUUUGUGUAAGUGGGUUGUUUGUUGUGUGGCUGCCGGAAACUAGGGGGAGGACGCCGUGCGAUACCAUGGAGGAAGAGGAACUCAAAUUUUGUGUUUAAAAAAUCAUUUUGUUCGACAGCAACCCCUAAGGUAUGGUGAAAUUACGAAA